AUGUGCUUCCUUCAAUUCCCAAUGCCUGAUCAUCGUCGCACAGGCCUCGAACCUCACUCAGCCCUACGAAAAUCAACCCCACCUCCACACCCCCACGUGCAAUGCAGUCUACCUUCAUGUUCUUCUCGAUCUCUCGCCUGCACCACCGAUCAUCAUCACAGCACUUCCAAUCUCGGACACGACGCCCUCCGGAUCACUCACGAUCAUGGCGCAAGGCAAAGAAAAAGCCUCCCCGCCAUCAAGGCUUGUCUCUUCGACAUGGACGGCCUCCUAAUCGACUCCGAAGACAAAUACACCAUCUGCACCAACGAAGUCUUACGGGAGUAUGGAAGGCCCGACUUGCCGUGGCAUAUCAAGGCGCGAUUGCAGGGACGGCCUGGGCCAGCGGCAGGAAAGAUCCUCCAUGACUGGGCGCAGCUACCGAUUGGGAGAGAAGAGUACCUAGCGAAGGUCCAAGCGAGCCAGAAGAAACACUUUCCGGAUUGCAAGCCUCUGCCCGGUGUGUCGCAGCUGCUACAGACACUAUGGAAGAAGACGGACCCGGCGGUGCACAUGGCGCUCGCGACAUCCUCGCAUGCGGGAAAUUUCAAGAUCAAGACGGACCACCUCGCAUCGACAUUCGAUUGCUUCGCACAAGAGCACAGAGUCCUUGGUGAUGAUCCCAGAAUAGGCAAAGGACGCGGAAAGCCCGCACCGGAUAUAUACCUCCUCGCGCUCAAGACGAUCAACGAUCGAUUACAGCGAGAGGGUAAAGAGGCAAUCAAGCCGGAGGAAUGUCUAGUCUUCGAGGACAGUGUGCCUGGUGUUGAGUCAGGGCGUAGGGCGGGCAUGCAGGUUGUGUGGUGCCCACAUCCGGAAUUGUUGAAGGAGUAUGAGGGACGGGAGGAGAGGGUGUUGGCGGGGCAGAUGGGGGAGUAUAAGGAGGUUGAGGAGAAGAAUGAGAGCAUUGGAGUGGUUAGUGGAGAUGGGAGCAAGAUUACGAGCGGUGCGCCUGGGGAGAUUGGGGAUGGGUGGUCUAUUCUGUUGAAUAGCCUGGAGCGCUUUCCGUACGAGAGGUUCAGGAUCAAGGUCAAGCAGGAUAGCCAGCUAUGA